GCAGUCGCUCCAGACCUUCCUCUCUCUCUCUCACACAUCCACACCUGAACCUGCAGCUCAGUUGUGCAGAAGAUGGGACCCCACACCGUUGUGGCUCUGACGGCAGUGCUUUUUGCCCUCUUCACGGAAACUGAAGCAAAUCCAUUUGUUUACAACUAUGAUAGGCUACGGAUUGGAGGCCUGAUCUGCGCCUGCUUUUUGGUGGUUGGAGGAAUAAGCGUCAUACUGUAUAACAGGUGUGCCCAGAGGAACAAAAAAUCGGACGAUGACAGCAGUGAAAUCUGAUACCGUGUCUGACAAAGUGGUUUCUGCUUGGAAGAGGAGUUAACGGGCGCAGGGGAGAGGUUGGGGGGAGGGUGGGUCAGGGGGGCGGCUGGAGUUGAUGGCAGACAAAGAGGGUCACGUGAUCAGAUGAUCACACCUGUGCCAAUCUGUGCAAACACACAGACAAAACGGAAACCACUUUGUGCUUGUUUUGUCUUGCCAGAUGCUAACGCGGCUUCAUCAGUGAGCAUGGCCCAUGUGAGAUGAAAUAAAUCAAGCUUUCCUCCUGUUUUUCAUGUAUUCAAAGUGUAUUCAUUCUGCUCAGAGACAUCUCUGUGUUGAUCUGUGAAUCAGGAUCAUCUAGAUUUAACCUAUAUUUAAGAUGCACAGUGCAGCCCUUCAUCCCUGUAGGUAGGAAGGGGCUGGACAGUAGAUUGAGUCUGUGUGUGAUAUAAUGUACUGCAGUGUUUAGUCAUUUCUGUGUUGUGGCAUUAUCUGCUGAUAUCAAGGACAUGACGUGAUGUCUGAUCAUAAGUGCUGCCUGGUGUGUUGUAGAGUUACAUUACCAUCCUGCUCAGCCAUUUCAACUGUGAGUGGAUUCAGGAAAAACAGAAAUCUUCCGCUGUCAAACAAAUUGUAUGCAUAUCCAAAAUCUAAAUAAAUGUCACUAUUCUGAACAGCA